AUGGAAAACGGUGAUAUGAAUGAAAAAGUGUUCCAAGAAUUUAGAACCCUUGCAAGAUUGUAUAAAGAAAUAGUAGAUGCAGUUAAAAAAGAAAAUCCUUACUGGUUAACCAGCUAUAAAUGGAAAAAAAGCAAAAGCCAACAAAGUAGUGAUGACAAGAAAACAAGAAAGUCUUACCUCAAAAAAAGGAUAAAUUAUGACAAUAUAGAAAACCUGGAUGGAGAGUAUCAAGUUGGAGAUUGCUAUGAAGAAGGAAUUAAAGAAGUAAAAAUGGCUGAAGAUCUUAAGUAUGAUGGUGAUGCCGAAGAAGAUACCAGCAGUAAUAAAGCCAAUGAUGAUGAUACGGACAGUAGCAUUAAACCAAAUGCCAAGAAAAAUGUAACAACUGAAAAUCAAUCGAUGAUACAUUAG